CUUAAUCAUUGCGACGUUAAUAUAUUUCAGAUAAUUAUUUCUCAGUUAUAAAUUAGCUUAUAAUUCGAAAUGUUACGGCUUCAUCUCUGCAGGUUAUUUCAUCAGGCAGUAUGGUUUAAAAAAUGAGUAAGAUACAAUCCUUCCUUUAAGGAACUUAUAUGGAAAGGAUAAAUGUAAAUAAAUAAAUGUAAUCUAAUAAUAAAAGAGGUAAAUCAUGUAAAAGAAAUGUAGAAAAAUAUUCUUGAGAAUUCAAUGUGUAUAUUACUUCUGGAGAGAGGAAAUGGGAAGCCUGAAAGAAGAAAUAGUAUUUUUGUUGAUAAUACUUAAUUUGUUUUUAUCAAAAACUAAAGAAAAUCGACAGUUAAUAUAAAGCCUGAAAUAGCAAUCCCCAAUUUCAGAUAAAAAGUUAAUUACCAUUUUGAGGAAAGAUAGAAGCAUGUUUGAUUAUUGUGCAUUUAUUAUAGUAUAGGCCAGUGAUUACUUUUGGAAUUAUGUAAAAUUCCUUUUACAAAGGAAAGAGCAUUAUUAGCAUUUCUGGGAAAUGAUAAAGUAAUUGGAUUAAAUUAACACAAGUAGGUGGGCAGAACAACAAAGGAGCCGAUGAGUGUGUGGUUAAUUGUACUUGGAUUAACACUCCUGUUUUCUAGUAAAGCUACAACCUAAAUGAAUUCCUCAUGUCUUAAGCUCUUGGAACUUAUGCUGCUGAUUUCUGGGCAGUAGGAAUCAAAGGGAACUAGGUAAAGGCAUAGUGAUUGAUUAUGGUGCUCAUAAUCAUUUGUGAUUAGUUCAGUUUCAUCUAGCUAACUGAAAAACUCUGGUCAGAGAGAGUACAGAUACAGCAUGCUGAAAUUCACCAUGUUUUAAUUGACCACAGUGUUUCAAAAAGGGAAUGGCAACUCUGAGCCAAAUUUGCUCUUUACCUGUAGGCAUCCACAAAGAUGAUCCUAACUGCUUUUCCUUCACUAUUCUGAUAAUGUUCAGAAAACCUAGUAAUGAAGUUAUUUUAAUCACCUACUUAAAUGCUUAGUUUUUCUUGUAGUUUUAUCAAAAAAAUCUUUAAAACAUUAAUUUUUAAAGGACUGCAUAAAACGACUAAUAAUUAUUUGGUUGCAAGUCACUUUUCAUGUAUUCAUAUAUUUUUCACCUCUAAAUUAAAAUUUAAAAUCAACUUGGCAAUUAUUAAUAAAUACUAAAAGUGUUUUUAUUCAGAUAUAAUUAAGUAUUAAUCACUCGUUGGUAGUCUGAAAUCUGCUUUUAUAUUUGAUCAAACAGUUGAUAUUGAACCCCAUUUCCGAACUUCUAAUUGUGUUAAUGUUAACAUUAUAGUCAUGCAUAUUACUUUGACCCUCCCCCACAAGAUAUAAUUGUUUUGUCGUUGUUCUUAAUUUGUCAACACCUUUGUUUUAUGUAACCAGAAUAACAUUCACUUAUGAGAGUUAGAUAAGUAAAUUAUAGGUAGCCAUCUGGUAAAUAUGCAUAGAAUGAGUUGUUCUUAGAAAAUGAUCAAAUUUAGAUUUUAUGUCCAGAUUAAAAAAAGAAGACAUUAUAAUGUACAGUGAACAACUUUGAAAACAGUGAUUUUCUGUAUUCCUUUCAUAUAUUUAAAAAUACUUUUAGAUUUUAAAGAUGAUAUGUCAAAUGUGUUUUUUCUAAAAUGUGUUGUGUUAAAUAGGAAUGAACAGUCCAUGGGCAAAUAAGCUUGGGAGAUAUUGGUCCAAAGUAUAGAAUGUCUUUUCAUUAAGCCUUUCAUUAACCAGUGGACUGUGUCUCCAAAAGAAGGAUCUGGUAUAUUUCUGGAGAUGAGUAUUUGAUGAGUUGAGGAUUGUAAACUAAUAUGUUUUAUGAGGCUUUUGCUAUACUUUGUUAUACUCUGUAAAACACUCAUGUUAUAUUUUUAAGUAUAGUUAUGUUUUUUUGAAUGAAAGCUCAAAGAGAAUGGGGAGAAAAGGGAUGUAAUUAAUUGAGUAUUGUAAAUUAUAUAAAGAAUCAAGUGUUUAAAAAGGCUUUUAGUGUCUUAGGCCAUAUUUCCCUUGCUCUUUGUUGGCUUCUUCUUUUGAAAAAGAUACAAUCAUCAUAUGGAGUAACAAAGUUAAUUCAUCCUUUAUUAUGUUUUAUGGGACUUCAUAUACUUUCUCUGCUGUUUAGCUCAGUGUAUAGUAUUUAUUAGGUAAUUUUGAUAAAAAUUGCUGAUACAAAAACAGGGACCAUCUUGUGUAGAGUCAAAUAAACGACCAUAAAUCAAUUUAGCUCAAUAUGCUAAUUUUCCCUCUAAUGGAAUUGUUUUUAUAUGUCAUGAUUUUCCACUGGGAAGAGUUCUAGUUUGAUUAAAAUUUUGACGACUAUUUUAGUAGAUGUCUUGAGUUUAAAACUCGUGUCAGACAUAGAGGUAUCUAUAUAAUUUUUUUUUUUAAAGGCCAGUACUGAUGGGUUGGGUUACCAGAUUGAUAAAGUAGGUGAACUAUAUACAUGGAAUGCCUUACCAACUUUGUAAAACACUCCUCAAAGUCAUAGUUUUUUGUUUAAGAAAUAACUCUUUGUAAAAUGUGUUUAAACUUUCACGUUAGGUUUUUAGUAGGAACAUGAAACUGGUAAAACCAAGAUCAAUUUAUAAUCUAGGUAAGUUGUCUUAGUUGUAAUUAAUUGCCGUAAAUCAAUUUGGAUUUCUCACUAGAGUUUUCCUGGCCUAGUGGAUAAUGUCGGUAAGAAAAUCUGUAUGCUUGGCUCAAGUGAAUCAUUGUUAGUUUCCAGCAUUGCUUUCAUCCACUCUUAAUUUCCUUCCUCACAGCCAACCAUGUUAGUUCAGAGUCUUAACGUUUCUCAUGUGGAGCUCUUGUGCUGGCAAGCCUCUUUUCUAACAUCCUUGUCCGAGUCUCUCACAACUACCAGCUCUUCCGAAAACUCCAGCUUACUUGUGUUACUUGUCUGAUCAAAAAUAAUGUAGCAAUUGUGAUAGCAUAAUGAACAUAGAAAAGUAAUAGACCUUUUUUAAUCCUAACUUACUGUUACUAUGGGAAAUAUUAAUAUAAUUAACAUCUUUUUGGAAUUGGUUAUCUUUAAAGAAUUGACUUUUCUUUAAGUGUUUUACUUAAUAUCUUAAUUGAUAUAACUUAUGUCGUUUGGGGAGGAGGAUCCCUACUAGACUAAUCCCCCAUAUCAACUCAGAUUUUAUAAAGUCCCUAUAUACUAAGCCUCCAUAUCAACUUCAAUUUUAUAAAAUUUCUAUAUUCUAAGCUUCCCAUAUCAACUUAGGUUUUUUUCCUCUUCCAUGAAAGGUUUCAAAUGAAAUAGUCAACAUAAUUUUAAAAGUGUUGAUCAAACUGUCAAUACACUUUCUUUUCUUACACAGACCCUGGUCUUUUUUCACUGUAACUAACUGAUGUGAACCUGAUAGUCUCCUUGAUUCUCUGCUACAUUUGCCCUUCAACAAUGUGGCCUGCGGUUUGCAUCUCUGAAAAUUGUCCGAUUCUAACUUCAGAGCUUAUGUAUUUUAUUUAGAUAACUAGAAUUUCUCCAUUCUGGAUUAGAGGUAUAUGAGUAAUUUCCAAACCUCAUUUGCUUCCUUUUUGCUUUUUUUUAUUUAAAAAAAUUGUUUAUAGCACACUCUAUGUAAGCUUCUAGCUUGAAGCUUUGUCUCAUGCUAUUGCCACUUCUCCCCGCCUGCCAUCUUGCGGCCUGUCCUUCAAGCUAGUGCUUCUCAAAAUGUCUGCAAUAAAGACAAUAACUUGUUUGUGUGUUUUGAUUUUAUUUUUUAGUAACUCACUUUUAUUAUCUUUUUAAAAAGCUUCUGUGACAGAUUAGAAGUUUUUUAAAAGACUACAAAAUCUAAGUCCACAUCUUUCAUCAUUGAAUUUAAUUAUCUAGAACUUUUAUAGAACUUUUAUAUAGUUUUAUGCCAUCAAAUUAUUUUGUCAUGUUUUAUAACAGUUUGUCAUUUCCGGCAGUUUUUGUUCUUGGAGGUGAUUAAAGUUUCUGAAACAUAUUCUGUGCCACUGUGCUUCCUGGACUAGACCGAUGAUCCUCCCACUUUCUAAAGAAGACUGAAGCUUCUUUUCCAGUUGGGGAAGCCUCGAUUGUCCCUGGAGUCAAUUCAUAUGCCACCUCUGUAGAGCACCUUCACUAAGUACUCAGUACAGUGUUUCCUGCCGUACUACCCAGUCUUCUCCCCAAAAUUGUGUCUUUCAGUGCUUUCUCCACUUUGUCCAUGCCUUCUCUUAAGUAGUAUCUCACUAUGAUGUUUAUUGUUUUUCCUGAUGAGAUUGUGAGCCCACACUUAGUGUUCCUUGUAACUUCAGCUCUUAACAACAUAGCAGCUUUUUUAUAAAUAUUUGUCGAUUUGUUACUUCUUGUGUGGUAAAUUCAGAGUAAUAGUGACUGCAGAGAUGGGAGAUUUUUCAUAUCCUCCUUAGUCUACUCAUUGCUUUAGAAAGAUCUUUCUUUUCUUUCCCCAUCUAGGUCUUAGGGACAUUCUGCACAGAGAACCAUAUUUAUCUGCCAUAACUGUAGUGGAAAUUCUUGAAAUUAGAAAGUAGACGUUGUGUUUGAAGAAAACCAACGUUGCACUUUUUAACUAUUACUAGCAACAGUUCACAAACUUUUUGCUUUCAGGACCCCUUUAUAUUUUUAAAUUAUCGAGGACCCAAGAGAGCUUUUCUUUAUGAGAUUCAUAUCAACUAAUAUUUAUCAUAUUAGAAAUUUAAACUGAGAAAAAGUUUAAAACAAGAGUUACACAAGGAUGCAUUCCAUGUAUGUAGCGUCUGGACAACUCCACUGUACACUUUUGAAGUAAUGAUACCAAAAACCAGAUAACAUUUAGUAUUAUGAAAGUAGUCUUUACCUCAUGUGCCUCCUGAAUGGGUCAUGGGGAGCCCUGGCAUCCUUGGACCACCCUUUGAGAACUGCCAUAUUAUGGAAAUUAACUUGUCUAAUUGCAAACAGAAUCGUCUAUAUUUUUAUUCCAAUAAUAUUGACCUAGCUUUUGUGUUUGUAGAUUAAUAAGUUUUUUUUAAUAACUGCCUGACAUAUCAUAUUACCCACUUUUCUAUUAAUGUCUAGACCUAGAAUGUGCUGGAACUUAUUGCCAGUGUUGACUUGGCAGCUGUAAGACAGAGAUGCUUACUCAAGGAGAAGUCAUUUUAUUUGUGGAUACUCAGUAAGGUCAUUCAUAGUUGUGCCCUGUCAGUAACCCUGGCUUUCAAGUUCUUGUCCUUUUUAUGAUUUGUGGACCUUCAAAUACUUCUCCUAUGGUGAUUCUCCUACCUCCAGAAAUUUCAGAGGUUUUGUCAUUUAAAAAAUAAUUUCACAAAAUGAAGUUGACGUCUUAUUUUGCAGGACUGAUUAGGCUUCCCCUCAAGUUUUUCCUUCUCUCCUUUGCGUGACCUUCCCCUCCACUUGCCUCAACCUGAUCCCUGAUGCUGGCGCUCCUUUUCUGAGAGUACAGUCUGCUCUCUGGCAGAUAUUUACUUGGCCUUAAUGACUCCUGUUCUGUUUUAUUCCCUACCCUCUUACCUUGGCUGAUACUCUGCUAAAUUCUUUCUGAGGUCUUAGCGGGACAGCCAGUCUCUAGAGUAUUUGACGACUCUCUUCAAAUCACAUUGGUACUGGGUCUUCCCGGUGGUUUCUGGGAAUGCGUUGUGUACCUUUCAGCUGGCUGGGAAUAGCAAGAUGGUUGCUAGUUCCGACACUUGAUUUACUGACAGCUUCAUAUUCUUUUUACUCAUAGCCUUUUUAUCAUGUGAUGAUGUCAUGCAAGCUGGAAUUUGGGGACUUGAUAUCAUUAUGAAUGAUCAUCCAAAAACAUGAAGCUAAUAGAAUGUUGGGCUAGUUUUUAUUUUUUAAUUCUGUGUCCUAAACAUAGUCGGCAGUCAAUAAAUGUUUACUGAGUUAUUUUUUUUCUCAUUUGUGUUGGAUAAAACUCUUAGCUCUAAGAACUACAUUAUAAUUUAAGUCAGACAUCUCUCCCUUAUAGCCAAGGGAAAUACACUCUCACACUAUCUGAAAAGGUACAUGUUGCUGUCUUAGUAAGCAAAACCCUUACCUAAUACUUAAUGAAGAUUGAUAGUUGAAAUGUACAAAAUUCAGAUUUCAAACAGGAUCUGAUACUGACUCUUUGAAGCACCUUGAUAAGAAUUACUACUUUCAUGAAACUUUGUUGAAAUCAUUUUUUAGCACAGUGUUUAUCAAACCUAGGCUUGAGAUACAGUAAUUAUUUUUUAUCAUUUUUAUCUUUGAUUUAAUAAAGUUGCUUAUGAAAUAACACCGUAUCUUAUAGCACUCUUUAUGUUAAACAAAUUGCUUUCUAAAUAUUCAAAGCAGCCUUCAUGGUUUUCAGAGCUGUCUUUUUCUUCAACUCUCCUGCCUCUGCCUUAUUUUGACCAUGGCCAUGCACUAACUGAUCUACAGUUUCUUCUCCCCUCCAAGCUAUCAAUAACUCCAUAGAUUCUGUUUUUGUUUUUUAAUGUGCUUUUCGUUAUACCACUGUGUGUAAGGAAACCCACCAGAUAAAGACCAGCUUCUUGGCAUGGCCUUGAUUCAAAGUCCUUGGUCCCAGUUGCAUUUCCAGCCUAAUCUCCAGUUCCAUUGGACUACCAUGCUUCCUGUGACACACUCAGCUCUUCCUUGACUUUGAGUGCUAUUUCUGGACCCUAGAAUGGCUGCCAUUAUCCUCUGCUUGGAUAGCCCUUACUCAUUUUUUAACCAUCACUGACCACCACCUGCACAUGCACAUAUGAACUAAAAACCUACUUACAUCCUAUCUGUGUUCCUAGAACACUUUUUACAUAUUUCAGUCAUUGCAUUUAGAACAGUAUAUACUCUCUCUCUCCUUUGGCACAGAGACUAAGGAAGAAAAUCAGCGACACUGUGCACCCUCGUGUGUUACCUGCUCCCUAGGUAUUAUUACUCUGUCCUUUUUCCAUCCUGCUUAGGAAGGCAUAUCUGAAUCUAAGUGAGUGAAAGUGUGGUUGUUACCCAAGUUAACUUGAAUUUAUUUAGUCUGGUUUUUUUUUAAGGUAAUAAUUUUCAACCUCUUAGACCUUAUUAAAUUCUGUACUUACACUAAAUACUCUUUAAGAACUAAUCAUGACAUACCUUAUAUCUGAUGAUGACAAAUCAGCAUGUUACAGAUGGACACACACUGAUUUUAGGAUAUAUGGCAUUUUAAGCAUUACAGCUGUUUGUUCCACCGAAUUAUUUAUUUCUUGAGAGCCAGGGCUGUUUUAUUCAUCUUUUUUCUUUUGUUGUUCUAGAGUAAUGAUUUAAAAACUUGUCGACUCUAACUACUAAAUUAAAUUUGGAGAGCAUUGCCAGGGAAUCAAACACCCUCUACUGGCAUUAGCACUUUCUCUUUUGGCCAUUGCACUGUUGAUGCUAAAACAUAAAAUGUGCUGAUUUUUUUAUAACAAGACUGAGAUUACUUUAUCUUGUCUUACUUGUGUCAUUUUCACUAUUCGAAUGAUAUUUUUUUCCAUCUUAAGAAUGUAUUCAUCAUGUUGGGAAUAAGAAAUUUGGUAAACAUGCUGUGAUGUAAUUUUCCUUACCUGUAAUUUUAGUACUCUAUAUGCAUUAUGCAUGAGUUUGUGACUUAACCAACUAAAACCAUAUAUUUUUUAAAAUGAAAAUUCUAGAGAUAAAUGUUGAUGGAAAUGUUUUUUACCCUUAACCUGUCACUGUGCUACAAAUCUAAAAGAUACAAACAGAGCUUUAAGUUUUACAUUCACUACCCUGAAAUAUAGUCAAGAAAGAAUUGGACCUGAAUUCUUUAAUAAGCACAAUGGAAGGGUUGUUUACUUUUGAGAACUAAUAGCUGCCACUCUUUGUGUUUGCCUGCUUACAUAAUUUGUUAUGAAAGAAUGCUUCUAGGUAAACCCUCUCUCCAGAAUGCUGGUGGUUUGUUCUAUUCUGCUUGGGAAGGGUUAAGAAGAGACAACAUCCUGUCAAAGACCUUGUUUUUAAUUUUGCUUCUCACACUGGCACAGAUCCUGCUAAGAGCAGCCCAGAUUAGUUCGGAAAACCUUUGAAGAGAUUUAAGAUGUCCUUCAGCCAGUUUGAAGGUUUUUGUCUUGCAAAUCCAGUACAAGGGCGCCUGCAGGCAUCUCGACCCUUGCUGUGCUGCUGAUGCAGCUCAAGGUCACACUAACCCGCCCUGUGACAUUCAACAACAACAAAAAUUAUGCGGUGAAACUGCUUCAGCAUUCAGCCAACCAACAACUUCCUUUAGUGAGGAACUGAGGAAGAAGUCUUUUUUACCCCCCUUUUUCUUUUUUGGGGGGCUCUGUGAAUUUUUGCUGUAGGAAAUAAUCCCGGAUUUCUGGUGUGUGUGAUGACAAGGUCAUUUCUUAAUUAGAACACAUGUAAAGAACAAAGCUAAAUGGCUUCAAAACAGCUUUGUAGUUGAUGGAGAGGAUUUAAAUUAUUUAAAGAGAUAGUCACCCAUGUAUGAUGGAAGCUGAAUUCUAAAGGCAUUAACUCCUUCAUUCCUAUCUACUUCUUGUCAUUGCUUUGAAUUCCUCGUGUCUGACUUUAGAGAGUUGCAUUCUAAACUUAAGAGAGAUUAUAAAUGCCCAGUGUUAAAAGGAUGAAAUGCAAUUUAUAAAUUAGAUUCUCGGAUAAACUUUUAAUGGAGAAGUUUUCUCCCCAUGACAUCUAUCUCCUGGAAAGACUAUCAAAUGGCUUGACUUAGGAACUAAGAAUUACACACUUUUCCCCCUGGCAACUGUGAUUUAUUUAUAAUGUAUUGGAGGUGGGUGAGUAAAAUGCUGCUUUAUUGCCUCACCUUCUCUCUUCCUCACUUUUAUCCAUUUGUGAUUUAGAAGUCUAGUUGAACAGUUUACCCCUGCCUCUUAGAUAUAACAGCACAUAAUCAUUCAAAAAGUAAUUUUAGUUAAAAACGGACUUUAAAGAAAGUUGUUUCUAAACGUACAUGACAUUUUAAGGCACAAUGAAACCAUGUCCAUGAACACUCAGUAGCCACAUGGACCUGCUCCCCUUUGCGAGGCUCGUUUCCCCCUGUUCCUCCUUCGCUGCCUGCGAAUGUUAACUACCAAAUAAAUUAGUUGGACAAAGUCCAAGUGCACUGGCUUUCUGUGCUUGAGACUUAAUACAUAUCACCUCUGCAGGAGUGGAGCAGAACAAUCUAAGACAGUAAUUUUGUGCUUGAUAUUUUCUUUAUGUAUACUAUGUAUAGAAGCACACAUGGCAGUUAUUUUUUUAUCCACAAAAUGACACUGUGUAGAGAAAGUUACCUUCAACUUUAUCAUAUUAGCAAAACCGUUUUCUCAGAAUUUAUACUCAGUUGCUUUUUGACUGAAGUAGAAUCAGGACAAAUACUUUAAAAGAUGGAUAGUAUUUUAAGUGUGAUUAUUUAAACUGAUAUUUUGGAUUUUGUGGGCCACACUUAAAAGGAUAACAUGAUGGACAGUGUAAGAACAAGUUAGAAUGAACGAGACUUACUAGUUUAAAGGAUUUUUCUCCUUGAGAAACAAUUUUUGGGGUCCAUGAAAUGAAAGAGUAGAUAUUAAGAUACAUAUUUUUAGGUAUAGGUAUUUUAAAGAUUUCAAGUUUGCAAAAAAAAAAUAUUAGGUGGGGAAUCUGUAUGUGAGGAAUGGUUAGUGUGAUUCAUUGUGUCCUGCCCUUGCCUGGAGUCUGGUAUGCCCUAAAUGUCAUGUAUGACCCAAGCUCACCUGCUAGUAAUUUCUAAUUUACUGUCCUAAUUCAUCGAUUUGUUAUCACUAAUUGUUCUUCAUUUACUUCUGUGUAGUUUCCAGUACCUAAAGGGUUGAAAGGUUGCUGUAAUUGGCACCCGCAGCUGCUCUUUCUUUUGACAGGGGAUAAUUUUGCAGCCUAUGCUUUGUGUGACAGCUGCCUAAUUGGGCAUUCUCCCCUUGUAGCAAGCCUGCCUCCUCCAGCCUCCCUGCUGACAAAUGGUAGUGGAUUAUAGAUGAGGACACGCUGACCCAUUCGACCUUGCUGAGACAGCGGGGAGGGGCCUCCUGCUACUUGAGGGAAGCUUUAGGUCAUUUAGAGGACAAGGUUAUGAGCCAGGUGGAGAAAUGACAUGAUAUCACAUGACAGUAGCCUGAUGACAUGGUCAGUGUGUCAAGGACAAAUGCAUCAGUAUCGAAUAAACAUUAUUACAAUACUUCAUUGAGUCCCUAGUAUUUCUUAAUUGUUCCUACUGAAUUUUUUUUUAAGAAACCAAAAAAGCACAAAAUGAGACACAUGUAUCUUAGCAGUGUUAAAGCAACUAUAUACAUGAAAAUAGAAUUGGCUUAGGAUGCCUCCUAAUACGUUUCUUUAGUUAUUUAGAGUAUUUUGUUCUUAAUUAUUGCUUGGUUUGCAGCCUCUUAACUAUCAAUACUUUUCAAUAGUUAUUUGAAAAUUAAAGCAGGCAAAUUAAAACGUAGCAAUAUAUGUUGUUAAAAAAUAUUUAACAACUUCUGUCAUUUCGCUACUCAAUGAUUGACAUACCUUUUCAUAUUUUUAAUAAAAGAAAAAUAAGCCAAGUGAAAAUGUCUAAUUGAAAAGAACACCAGAACUCUAGAUUUAUAAGAUCAACUAUACCACUGUGUGAUUCCAUAAUUAUAAAGUGUUAAAGUUGCUUUUUAAAUAAUUUUUGAGACUUGAAAAUAUUUUUCAAAUAGCUUGGGAUUAUUCAUAAUGUAAAAACUUCAAGAUACAUGAAAAUCUUUUGGAUGUCUUAUUACUGGCAAUGCAUAUGCUUUUCUUGAGAAAGUAGGCUGGAACUAUUAAAAUAUAUUUUAAAGUGUAAACUCUUAAGAAUCCAUGCUGAGUCUUAUUAACCCUAUGUUAAUACCUGAAAUGAUAAAUUCAUGUAAAAAAUAGUACAAUUAAGAAAAAUGCCUAGUUUUAAAAAUGGUAAACAGUUGAAUACAAAGAGGACUGAUCAUGAUUCUCAUUUCUGGAAAAACAAUUGUUAGGCACUGUUUGGAUCUAAGCCCUCAGUUCAACAGGAGGUAAUUUUAUGCCCCUGAGAUAAAAAAAAUGAGGCGUGGUAAAGUGUGAUGAAUUAGUUCACCGAAGUAGACACAUCUGUAUUUUCAUGGCACGUGUGUAUGCACGCUCGUGUAUGUGUGUGUGUGUGUUUAAUUUGGACCAUGCUGUGCAUCUGUUUAGCUGCUCUCAAACCCUGACUCAAGCUUGGUGGAGGUUUAAUCCUGUGCCCUUGUACACGUAUACUUGAUUAGUAGUUGUGGUUAUCUCAGCAGAAGACAUACCGCCCUCCUCCUUGUAUUGGUCGGGACCCGGGCAUUGGGGAGUCAAGGCAAAGGAGAAAGAAAAAAGAUUUUACAUUAGUAUUCUAUGAAAGCCUUACUGUCUGCAGAACAAAUUGAUUGCUCCGGUGUACCUGUGCUUGGCACCACUGCUGUGAAAGAAAGAACACUGAUAUUUGCAUUUAAUGGGGAAUAAAAGAUGAAGAAGGAAAAAGAAUAUAUUCACUAAGGAUUAUAUCUGCUUACUGCUACAGACCUAUGUUUUAAGGAAUUAUCCUCCUUUUUGCUUAGAAGUUCAUCAGCUCUGUGGUCAGACUGCAUUUAUCUUGUCAUUGCCAAAAGAAAUCCUCAUCAGAAUGUAAGAGUAUGUCUCUCUCUCAGUGCUAUGGAAGGUGAUAAACUGAUACUCAGUUAUUAAAGUUACAUCUCACCGCAGAAAACAAUUCUUCAAAGUGAAUAGAAACCAAGCCCUUGUGAACACUUCUAUUGAACAUGACUCAUGGAGAAGAGCUUGGCUCUGAUGUGCACCAGGAUUCUAUUGUUUUAACUUACCUAGAAGGAUUACUAAUGCAUCAGGCAGCAGGGGGAUCAGGUACUGCCAUUGACAAAAAGUCUGCUGGGCAUAAUGAAGAGGAUCAGAACUUUAACAUUUCUGGCAGUGCAUUUCCCACCUGUCAAAGUAAUUGUCCAGUUCUCAAUACACACACAUAUCAGGGAUCUGGCAUGCUGCAUCUCAAAAAAGCCAGACUGUUGCAGUCUUCCGAGGACUGGAAUGCAGCAAAGCGGAAGAGGCUGUCUGAUUCUAUCGUAAAUUUAAACGUAAAGAAGGAAGCUUUGCUGGCUGGCAUGGUUGACAAUGUGCCUAAAGGCAAACAGGAUAGCACAUUACUGGCCUCUUUGCUUCAGUCAUUCAGCUCUAGGCUGCAGACUGUUGCUCUGUCACAACAAAUUAGGCAGAGCCUCAAGGAGCAAGGAUAUGCCCUCAGUCAUGAUUCUUUAAAAGUGGAGAAGGAUUUAAGGUGCUAUGGUGUUGCAUCAAGUCACUUAAAAACUUUGUUGAAGAAAAGUAAAGUUAAAGAUCAAAAGACUGACACGAAUCUUCCUGACGUGACUAAAAACCUAAUCAGAGAUAGGUUUGCCGAGUCUCCUCAUCAUGUUGGACAAAGUGGAACAAAGGUCAUGAGUGAACCAUUGUCAUGUGCUGCAAGAUUACAGGCUGUUGCAAGCAUGGUGGAAAAAAGGGCUAGUCCUGCCACUUCACCUAAACCUAGUGUUGCUUGUAGCCAACUGGCAUUACUUCUUUCAAGUGAAGCCCAUUUGCAGCAGUAUUCUCGAGAACAUGCUUUAAAAACACAAAAUGCAAAUCAAGCUGCAAGUGAAAGACUUGCUGCUAUGGCCAGAUUGCAAGAAAAUGGCCAGAAGGAUGUUGGCAGUUUCCAGCUCUCAAAAGGAAUGUCAAGCCAUCUUAAUGGUCAGGCAAGAACAUCAUCAAGCAAACUGAUGGCUAGCAAAAGUAAUGCUGCAACAUUUCAAAAUCCAAUGGGUAUCAUUCCUUCUUCCCCUAAAAAUGCAGGUUAUAAGAACUCACUAGAAAGAAACAAUGUAAAACAAGCUCCUAACAAUAGUUUGCUUUUACAUCUUCUUAAAAGCCAGACUAUACCUAAGCCAGUGAAUGGACAUAGUCACAGUGAGAGAGGAAGCAUUUUUGAGGAAAGUAGUACGCCUACAACUAUUGAUGAAUAUUCAGAUAACAAUCCUAGUUUUACAGAUGACAGCAGUGGUGAUGAAAGUUCUUACUCCAACUGCGUUCCCAUAGACUUGUCUUGCAAACACCGAGUUGAAAAAUCAGAAUCUGACCAACCUGUUUCUUUGGAUAACUUUACUCAAUCCUUGCUGAACACUUGGGAUCCAAAAGUCCCAGAUGUAGAUAUUAAAGAAGAUCAAGAUACCUCAAAGAAUUCUAAGCUAAACUCACACCAGAAAGUAACACUUCUUCAAUUGCUACUUGGCCAUAAGAAUGAAGAAAAUGUAGAAAAAAACGCCAGCCCUCAGGGAGUACACAAUGAGGUAACCAAGUUCAAUACACAGAAUUAUUCAAGGACUUCUGUGAUAGAAAGCCCCAGUACAAAUCGGACUACUCCAGUGAGCACUCCACCAUUACUUACAUCAACCAAAGCGGAGUCUCCCAUCAAUCUCUCUCAACACUCUCUGGUUAUUAAAUGGAAUUCCCCACCAUAUGCCUGCAGUACUCCAUCUGAAAAGCUAACAAAUACUACAUCUAACCACUCAAUGGACCUUACAAAAAGCAAAGAACCGCCAGGAGAGAAACCAGCCCACAGUGAAGGUGCACAAAACUCUGCAACUUUUAGUGCCAGUAAGCUGUUACAGAAUUUAGCACAAUGUGGAAUGCAGUCUUCUGUGUCAGUGGAAGAGCAGAGAUCUAGCCAACAGCUGUUAACUGUAAACACAGAUAAACCGAUAGGUAUGAUUGAUAGAUUAAAUAGCCCUUUGCUCUCAAGUAAAACAAAUGUGGUUGAAGAAAAUAAAGGAUUUAGUAGUCAACCAACAGUUCCAGAACCAGGACUUUCUGGUUCUGAAAUAGAAAAUCUGCUUGAAAGACGUACUGUCCUCCAGUUGCUCCUGGGAAACCCCAACAAAGGUAAGAGUGAAAAGAAAGAGAAAACUCCCUUAAGAGAUGAAAGUACUCAGGAACACUCAGAGAGAGCUUUAAGUGAACAAAUAUUGAUGGUGAAAAUAAAGUCUGAGCCUUGUGAUGACUUACAAAUUCCUCAUACAAAUGUGCACUUGAGCCAUGAUACUAAGAGUGUGCCAUUCUUGGGUAUGGCUCCUGCUUUGCAAAGAAGCACACCUGCCUUACCAGUGUCCGAGGACUUUAAAUCGGAGCCUGUUUCACCUCAGGAUUUUUCUUUCUCAAAGAAUGGUCUGUUAAGUCGAUUGCUAAGACAGAAUCAAGAUAGUUACCUGGCAGAUGAUUCAGACAAGAGUCACAGAAAUAAUGAAAUGUCACUUCUAGAAUCAAAGAAUCUUUGCAUGGUCCCUAAGAAAAGGAAGCUUUAUACUGAGCCAUUAGAAAAUCCAUUUAAAAAGAUGAAGAACAACAUUGUUGAUGCUGCAAACAAUCACAGUGCCCCGGAAGUACUGUAUGGGUACCAGGAAGAGCUGAAAUUGAGCAGAAAUGAUCUUGAAUUUAAAUAUCCUGCUGGUCACAGCUCAGCCAGCGAAAGUGAACAAAGGAGUUGGGCCAGAGAGAGCAAAAGCUUCAAUGUUCUGAAACAGCUGCUUCUCUCGGAAAACUGUGUGCGAGAUCUGUCCCCGCACAGAAGUAACUCUGUCACCGACAGUAAAAAGAAAGGACACAAAAAUAAUGUGACCAACAGCAAACCUGAAUUUAGCAUUUCUUCGUUAAAUGGACUGAUGUACAGUUCCAGUCAGCCCAACAGUUGCAUGGAUAGCAGGACAUUUUCAUACCCAGGAGUAGUAAGAACUCCUGUGAGUCCUACUUUCCCUGAGCACUUGGGCUGUGCAGGGUCUAGACCAGAAUCUGGGCUUUUGAAUGGGUGUUCCAUGCCCAGUGAGAAAGGACCCAUUAAGUGGGUUAUCACUGAUGUGGAGAAGAAUGAGUAUGAAAAAGAUUCUCCAAGACUGACCAAAACCAACCCAAUACUAUAUUAUAUGCUCCAGAAAGGAGGCAAUUCUGUUACCAGUCGAGAAACACAAGACAAAGACAUUUGGAGGGAGCCUUCAUCUGCUGAAAGUGUCUCACAGGUCACAAUCAAAGAAGAGUUACUUCCUACUGCAGAAACGAAAGCUUCUUUCUUUAAUUUAAGAAGCCCUUACAAUAGCCAUAUAGGAAAUAAUGCUUCUCGCCCACACAGCACGAAUGGAGAAGUUUAUGGACUUCUGGGAAACAUGCUAACAAUAAAAAAAGAAUCAGAAUAAAAUGUACCUGCCAUCCAGUUUUGGAUCUUUUUAAACUAAUGAGUAUGAACUUGAGAUCUGUAUAAAUAAGAGCAUGAUUUGAGAAAAGCAUGGUAUAAUUGAAACUUUUUCAUUUUGAAAAGUAUUGGUUACUGGUGAUGUUUAAAUAUGCAUACUAACUUUUGCUUAACAUUAGAUGUCAUGAGGAAACUACUGAACUAGCAAUUGGUUGUUUAACACUUCUGUAUGCAUCAGGUAACAACUGUGAGUAGCCUAUGAAUGAAAUUCUUUUAUAAACAUAAAUAAUAGGCAUAAAUUAAAAUGUAAAAUUCCAUUCAUAGUGGAUUAAUGCAUUUUGCUGCCUUUAUUUAGGGUACUUUAGUUUGCAUUUCAGAAGUCAGCCUACAUAACACAUUUUUUAAAGUCCAAACUGUUAAACAAGUCUUUAAAGGAUAAUUAUCCAAUAAAAAAAAAGCCUACUGCUGAUUCACAGCUUAUUAUCCAAUUCAAAACCAAAUUAGAAAAAUAUAUGGUUACAUUUUUCACUUUUGCUAAAAAAAAAAAAAAGUGUUUAUUUUUAACUCUUGGAAGAGGUUUUUUUGGUUCCCAAUGUGUCUGUCCCACCCUGGUCCUUUUCAAUAUAUAUUUCUUUAAACCUUGUACUACUUAGUAAAAAUUGAUUACAAUUGAGGGAAGUUUGAUAGAACCUUUAAAAAAGGCAGAUUUCCAUUUUUUGUAUUUUAACUACUUUACUAAAACUCCUCGUUUUACAGAAUUAGAAAAGUUAACAUUUAUCUCUAGGUGGUUUCCUGAAUAGUUCAAUAUUUAAGAAAUUGUUUUUAACAGAAGCAAAAUGGCUUUUCUUUGGACAGUUUUCACCAUCUCUUGUAAAAGUUAAUUCUCACCAUUCCAGUGGUACCUGCAAGUCUUAUGACCAGGAUUCCUUAAAGCUGAACUCAGACCACUUGCAUUAGAACCAUCUGGAGCAUUUGUUUUAAAAUGCAGAUUCAUAGGCAGCAUCUCAGAUCUACAGAACAAGAAUCUCUGCUAAGUGGACCUGGAAUCUUCCAUCUGCAUCUUAACACGCUCCCUAGGUGUUUCUUCUGCACCUUGAUCUUUGAGAACCUUGGCUGAUGACUUUCCUCAGAACAUGAGAGACUGUAAAACAAAAGCAAAAACUAUCUGAUGCCUCUAUUUUCCCCAGUACAGUCACAUCAGCUCAAAAUUUGCAAUAUUGUGGUUCAUAUAUUACCGUGAUGUCUUUGGAAAUCGGGUUCAGAAUACUUUUUAUGACAAAAAAAUUGGGUGGAGGGGACAACUUUCAUAUCUGGCUCAACAUCUCAGGAAAAUCUGUGAUUAUUUAUGUGUUCUAAUGAGUAACAUCUACUUAGUUAGCCUUAGGGAUGGAAAAACAGGGCCACUUACCAAACUCAGGUGAUUCCAGGAUGGUCUGGAAACUUCUCCUGAAUACAUCCUUAACCUUUAUUAAAACCAUUGUCCUAAGAACAAUGCUAACAAAGGUUACAACAUUUAGUUCAAACCCAAGAAAGGCACUAAACUCAGAUUGACUAAACAAAAAGUACAAAGGGCACAUAUUCAUGACAGAAUUAUACACAAUCGCUCCAUGGGACGUAUUAUUUUAAAAUAGUAAUGAAAAAUAAAUGUUGAUACUGUCUUAGAAGAACUUAAUGUAUUAUUGAAGCCACAUGGGGUUUCAAAUUUGAAACAAGUCUCUUUUUAUGUUCAGUUUGUACAAUUCACAAUUCAUUCACCAGAUACUUUAUUUUUAAUUGUGAACCAGGUUAGCAAAUGACCUCUCAAAAAUUAUUCUAUAAUCACUAUUAGUUAGAAGGAAAUUGAUUUAAAAUUGUUCUACUUGAAGUGGUUUCUAAGAUUUUUAUAUUAAAAUUGGGUGUGAUUUCCUAUUAUGAUCUAAAACCCUAAAUGGUUAUUUUUCCUCAGAAUGAUUUGUAAAUAGCUACUGGAAAUAAGAGUGGGUACUAUGCAGCAUCAUGGAAAAGUGAAGGAGGCAUAGGCUUAUUCUGACAUAAAAUUUCACGGGCCAGUUGAAUAUAUUCUACUCCAUGUCCAUACUGUGACAAUCUUACUGUCAACACUAUAUAAAUAAGCUUUUAAGCAAGUCAUUUUUCUUGAUCAUUGUGAAAAGUCUGGAGCCUUAGAGGUAUGUCAGAAAAAUAUGUUGGUAUUCUCCCUUGGGUAGGGGAAAAUGGCCUUUUUACAAGAGAGUGAAAUUUAGGUCAGAGAAAAGACCAUCAAGGGCCAGCAUUGCUAUUUUUUCUUUUUGUGGAUUUUGUUUUGUUUUUUGGUUGGUUGUUUUCAUUUGUUAACAAUUAAAGGAAUGAGAAUAUGUAAUACUUAAAUAAAUAUGACCACAAAGAAUGCUGUUCUGAUUUACUAGAGAAUGUCCCCAAUUUGAAUUUAGGGUGAUUUAAAGAACAGUGAGAAAGGGCAUACAUCCACAGAUUCACUUUGUUUAUGCAUAUGUAGAUAUAAGGAUGCACAUAUACACAUUUUCAAGGACUAUUUUAGAUAUCUAGACAAUUUCUUCUAAUAAAGUCGUUUGUGAAAGGGUACUAAAGCUCUCAUCGACAUCAGUAAGGUAGCAUUCAUUACCUGUUUAUUCUCUGCUGCAUCUUACAGAAGAGUAAACUGGUGAGAGUAUAUAUUUUAUAUAUAUAUAUAAUAUGUAUAUAUAUAUAUUGACUUGUUACAUGAAGAUGUUAAAAUCAGUUUUUAAAGGUGAUGUAAAUAGUGAUUUCCUUAAUGAAAAAUACAUAUUUUGUAUUGUUCUAAUGCAACAGAAAAGCCUUUUAAUCUCUUUGGUUCCUGUAUAUUCCAUGUAUAAGUGUAAAUAUAAUCAGACAGGUUUAAAAGUUGUGCAUGUAUGUAUACAGUUGCAAGUCUGGACAAAUGUAUAGAAUAAACCUUUUAUUUAAGUUGUGAUUACCUGCUGCAUGAAAAGUGCAUGGGGGACCCUGUGCAUCUGUGCAUUUGGCAAAAUGUCUUAACAAAUCAGAUCAGAUGUUCAUCCCAACACGACAGUAUUCCAUUUCUGGACAUGACGUCUGUGGUUUAAGCUUUGUGAAAGAAUGUGCUUUGAAUCCAAGGGUCUUAAACAAUUUUUUUAAAUCAAGCCAACCACUUUUAAACAUAAAGAAUUCACGCAACUACUUUCAUGAAUUUUUUAAUCCCAUUGCAGACAUUAUUCCAAGAGUAUCCUGGUAUUAGCAAUGCUGGAAUACAGGCACAUUACCAUUCAUAGUAAGAAUUCCAGUGUUUACACAACCAAGUUGGAUGCGAUCUGCUCAGUAAUAUAAUUUGUCAUUUUUAUUAGAAAUUGACUUCAUGUGAUGUCAUGAAACUGUACAUACUGCAGUGUGAAUUUUUUUGUUUUGUUUUUAAUCUUUUAGUGUUUACUUCCUGCAGUGAAUUUGAAUAAAUGAGAAAAAAAUGCAUUGUC